AUGGGUAAGAUGUAUUUGGAGGGCAUGGUGUAUUUGGAGCGAAUUCUUUUGUUUCUUUAAAUCUUAAACUUCCACCGCAUUAUUAAGUAAAAAUUUCACUCGCUCUUUGGAUUUAUAACAUAAGUUGUAAUUAGAAUUAACACUUGGGAUAAUGAGUAAUUCUAAUUGAUAAUCGAUAAUGGUAUAUAUAAAGAGAAAUUUUGGGGGAGUUAAGGAAGUUUUAUUUGUAAUAAUGGAGGCAUUAGCUACUAUGUGCGAUCUGCAUCCUUAAAUUAUAUUCAUGAAUCACAUACUUCCUAAUCUCUUGUAUUAUUAAUGACUUCAAAUUUAGAUGAAGAUCCAAAUAAUGUAUAAAUUUUUUAAUUCUAGGAAUCAUGGGAUUUCGAGAUUUCAAAAUUGAGAUUAUGGAAUGUCCUGAAGGUUGCUUAUUUUGCUAUGAUUAUAUAUCUGAUUGCAAAUUUUGGAAUAAUAUUGUAUCAUAUUGGCAAAAUUCAAUUAACUCAGAGGGAUGGCUAAUUGAUAACACUUAAUAACUUACUUCAAGUGUUUGUGCUGGUAUUCAGAUUGCAGGUGGAACUAAUAUUUUAAAAUAAGGACAAAGUAUUAAAAAACUCAUCCAAAAUGUUCAAAACACUUUAAAAUUUAUAUAGUUUUUAAACUUUGGGUAAUGGGAAUUACAGAGAGUUAAAAUUUUAAUUUAAAAAUUGGUGAGUAAAUUUGGUAGGUUGGUUAAGAUGCUCUGUCUUAAUUAAUUAUUGGAUGUGUAAAUUCUCAAUUAGUGAAUAUCAAUAAUUUAGUCUUAAAUAUAGAUCAUUCAUCCCCUGAAAUAGAAUUAGUAAUGUAAACGGAGAAUAAUUAGCCACAAAACGCAUUUUGGGGUGUUUAAUCAUUUGAUAUAUACAUAGUUAAAUGUUCAAUUGGUUGUGAAGAUUGUUAUGGAGGAUUAGAAACUUAAUGCAAUAAUUGUUUAAAAAAAUGGGGAUUUUUAGAUGGUAAAUGUAUUCCUGGUAAAAAUUUAUAUAAAUCAAUAAGCUCCUCCAUUAGAAUAUACUAAUAUUAGAAUCUAUUAAUCAUAAGGUUUAAAAGAAAAAUUUUAUCAAUUCAUUGUAAUUAUACAUUGAAGAGUUAGAUCAAACUAUUACUGAAAUUGGUUAAAAAAAGCUAAUUAUAGAUAAAAGUAUUAUAUUUAGCUCUUUUUUGAUUUCAGUUAAGUGUUAAGAAAAAAUUAAAAUUGACAGCUUUUUAAGAAAUUGUAAUUAAUGUGAUAAUGCUUAAAUUUCUUAUUCAAAUUAUUGUCUUAAUCAAAGUAAUAUUGUAAAUUUCAGUGUAAUAUUUGCAGAUAUUGUUUAAUCUGAAAAAGAAUUAAUAAUUAAUAUUUUACAAACAAAAGUAGAAAUUCUACAGGUAAUAUUAUUGAAUAAUAUUGAAACAGAAGUUUAUAUAUUGAAAAUUGAAUUAUGA